AUGGUUGUCCUACGCACUCUUGCCGCUUUAGCGAUGACUGCAGUGGCUUCGAUGGCCUGCCCAAAUCAGAGAUUCUCGAGGUUCUCAAUUCCAGGCCCUCUCGCCAUGCAAAUUGGGGACAAGGUGGUUCCUCAAGACAAUGAUGUGGUCCUCACCACCCAAGCCCCAAAAAUUGGCACGUUUGAGCGUCUGUCCGGCUCCUCCUACACCGCCAUCACCGUUCAGCCCUACGGCAUCCUCGUCGAUAGUAUAGACUCCAACCUCCUGUGGCUUCAAAGUGGCCUGAAGCCAUCCGCUACUCCAUCAAACUUCGAGACAUCCCAAGGGCUCUUCCGGGUCUAUGAGUUGCUCAAUGGCGACAACAAGACAAUCUUUCCAUGGACUCCGUCAAAUCUGCAGGGUCCAGAGCAUGCCAGCGUUCUCACACUCCUCUUCGAUACCAGCAACAUCAGCCCACGGGAUGAGCUCUAUCUGCAGAACGCAGCACUGAACCCUUUGAGAUUCAAUUUUGUCAACACGAUGGAACAAACCUCGCUUGCAGACAAAGUGGGUGCGGCCGCCCUCUUCCUUGGGACUGCUGAUUCCACCAAGAAGCCUUCGUCUGCCGCAAAGACCACCUAUGCGACACUACGCAAGGCUUUGAACCUAUCUAAAGCCGCGCAGGCACCCUUGAUUUAUCGCAGAAGCUCCGAAGAACCCGACGCCAAUGUGUCUCCAGUUGUCCAUCUUGCUCGGGAUCUUGCUCGGGACAGGACUGUGACUACAACUACGACUGCAUCUCCGGCAGAUUACUAUCCCAUGGUGCCUGCAAGCUCUGAAGAAACCGAAGCCACCGUGUCUCCAGUUGUUCAUCUUGCUCGGGAUCUUGCUCAGGAUCAUGCUCGGGACAAAGUUGGGAAUACAACUGCGACUGCAACUGUGAAUGUUACAACGACUGCAAGUGUGACUGUAACUACGACUGCAACUCCGGUAGACUACUAUCCCACAUCUGUGCUUGCGAGGUCUGAAGAACCCCACAUCACCGUGUCUCCAGCUGUUCAUCUUGCUGGGGACAAGAAUGCGAUUACAACUGCGACUACAACUGAGGCUGUCACUACGACUGCAAUUUCGGUUGUAACUACGACUGCACCUCCGGGAGUCCUUUAUCCCGCGAUCAUGAUUUCGGAUUCGCAUUCCUUCGAUUCCCACAAUAGGAUGACUGUGUUUGGUUUUGGUUUGGUGGCCGCCAUGCUGUUCGCUCUUUGA